CGUGAUACAAAAAGCGAGCGCAACGAUGGAAUAACUGGGUGUGGGAUAACAGUUACAGUGCUUGUUCAGAAUAUCAAUCAGUCAUAGCAAGGACAACUGGCCGAACUAGAGAUCAGAUCGCCAUCUAUCUUACCACUAGGAGGCUGAGACCCCACUCCUAGGUCCUACAAAUGGCAGAAUUCCAUACGUGCCCCUUAUAUUGUGCCCGCGUCUACACUAUCCCUUGCAAAAUCUUCCACAAGAAUAAGCAGUAUCGAAAUGCUUCUGAUCUCCCAUCAGUGGGUGACGAGGCAACCGUGAUCGACACGGCAUGGGAUGUUCAUGAUAGAUGACAUCAUCGACCCUUGUAGUCGUAGGCUGGGGGUGGAGACAGACACCCAACCUGCAGCCAUGCCCAUCCGCCAACUCCGACGGCCUAUAAAUGGAAUCUUUCUGCCUAUUCCCUGGUUCUCACGAUAUAAUUUGAAAGAAAGACACCCUUUCCCUUCAACGACCAUAAACAUGGCUAAUUUCGAACUCGCUCGGAAAACCCCGCAUCUCAUUGUCCAGCCAGCCGACGCGGCUCUCUCCCCACCUGAGAGCUAUCUCUUCGUUCAGGAUGGCCUCAUAAUCGCCUGUGGCGUGAUUUACGCCCUCUGCUACACAUUUUGCAUCAUUCGCACGUACAGCGACCGCAUGUACCCCGGUGCCCGCUGGGGCAGUAUCCAGUUCAUGGGCCCGAUCAUGGCAUACGAGCUCUACUACGCCGUCGUGACGACUACGACUACGUUCGAACGGUUGGCUUUCUCGGCGUGGUUUAUGCUAGAUAUCUCUUUUGUGUCGACUGCACUGCGUAGCGCGCAUCCCCCGCGCGAGAGAUGGCCACUCUUGCGCAACAUCCUGGGUCUCGCGGUUGCGAGCCUCGUGGGGUUGAAGUAUCUAGGCAUGGCUUUUCCCGAUGAACGCGAGCAGAUGACGGCAUACUGGACGGGGAUCCUCUUGCAGUUCCCUAUCGGAUAUGUCUGUCUGGGGUUGCUGUGGAGUGACGCCGACACGAGGGGGCACUCUUUGGAGAUCUGGCUCACGCGCUAUCUCGGCUGCUUCACGGCUUAUGGUGUUUUCUUUUGGCGCUACUGGAAUAUCCCCCAGAACUGGUCGUACGUGGGCUCUCCGUGGAGCGUGUGGAUCAUCAUCUUGACCUUGGUGCCCGAGACGCUAUAUCCAUUUGUGUACUACAAGGUACAUAAUCAGAUGAAGCUGAAGGGGGAGUAGACGGCUGUCCAUCGCAUGGUUCUGAACAUAUGCAGAAUGCG